AUGUCCAAAUCUCAAAUUGAAUCAACUUGUGCUUCUCUUCAACAAGAACUUGAGAUUAUAUGGGACGAGGUUGGAGAAACUGAAACCGAAAGAGAUAAAAUUUUGAUUGAUAUCGAAGAAGAGUGCAGAGAAGUCUACAAUCGUAAAAUCGAAAAGGUAAAAGAAGAGAGGAUUCGAUUAAGACAAGAGAUUGCUGAUACAGAGGCAAGAGUUAUUGGUAUAUGUUCUGUAAUGGAAGAGCCACCGAUUCUUGGGAGACAACAUUCAUCUGAUCAAUGUGGAAGAAGCUUGAAAGAAGAAUUAGGAAAGAUCCUUCUGAAACUUGAAGAAAUGGAUAAGAGAAAAUCAGAGAGGAAGAUUCAGUUUAUUCAAGUAAUUGAAGAUAUAAGAUGUGUAAGAGAUGAGACUGAUGGAGAACCUGAAGAGUCUUGUUCAUCUGAUUUUUCGAUUGAUGAAUCCGAUUUAUCUCUUAGAAAGCUUGAAGAGUUACACACAGAACUUUACACACUUCAAGAACAAAAGAGAAACCGGGUGAAACAGAUUCAAGAACAUCUAAGAACUCUCGAAUCACUUUGUUCGGUUCUCGGUUUGAGUUUCGGAGAAACUGUCGUCAAGAUUCACCCAAGUUUAGUAGAAUCUGAAGGGUCAAGAAGUAUAAGUAAUGAAACACUUCACAAGUUAACUUCAUCAGUCGAACAAUGGCAUGAGACAAAGAUACAGAGAAUGCAAGAACUUCAAGAUCUUGUGACAACGAUGCUUGAGUAUUGGAAUUUAAUGGAUACACCAGCAGAGGAACAACAGAAGUUCAUGGAUGUUUCAUGUAACAUAGCUGCUACUGUUUCUGAAAUAACCAAACCCAAUAGUCUUUCUAUAGAUUUGCUUGAAGAGGUUAAAGCCGAGCUGUGUCGGUUAGAGGAUUUGAAGUGGAGCAAAAUGAAAGAACUUGUUCUAAAGAAGAGGUCAGAACUUGAAGAGAUAUGUAGAAGAACACACAUUGUUCUUGAAGAAGAAGAAGAUAUCGAGAUGGAUAAUGUAAUCAAAGCCAUUGAAUCAGGAGAUGUAAACCCUGAAAACAUACUAGAACAGAUUGAGUACCGAGCAGGGAAAGUGAAAGAGGAAGCUUUAUGCAGAAAAGACAUUCUUGAGAAAGCUGAGAAAUGGUUGAAUGCUUGUGAGGAAGAGAAUUGGCUUGAAGAGUAUAAUCAGGAUGAAAACCGAUACAAUGCUGGAAAAGGAUCUCAUUUAAUCCUUAAACGAGCAGAGAAAGCUCGUGCACUUGUUACUAAACUUCCAGCUAUGGUUGAAGCAUUAGUUUCCAAGAUUACAAGUUGGGAAUCAGAGAAAGAAGCUGAGUUUCUAUUUGAUGGUAAUCGUCUACUUUCAAUGCUUGAUGAGUAUACAGAACUACGAGAAGAGAAAGAACAAGAACGUCGCAGAAAAAGGGAUCUGAAGAAACUUCAAGGUCAAGUGAUUACAUCAGAGCAAGACAAAGGAACUCCUACCAAGCCUCAAAGCGCGAAAAAGAGCCUUAAAGUAGCAACAAACAAGAGAUUUGCAUCAUCCCCUCGAACUGAUUCGCCUCACUCAGCAAAAUCUAUGACUUCUCAAUCACGCUAUGGCUGA